CGCGGAACAUUUCCGGGUUUAGCGUGUGGUCGGACCCAUGUCGGAGGCGCCGAUCCAGUACUGCGUAUGCCAGCAGGUGGACAGCGCGGGGCUCAUGAUCGAGUGCAGUCGCGGCACGGGCGGCUGCAAUAGCUGGGUGCACCCCGCCUGCUGCGGACUCGUUCUCACCGAAACAGAACUCGAGGCCAUCGACAGCUACAUUUGUCCGCUCUGCGAGUCGCCGGAAGACGACUUUAGCAAGAUGGCGGCGGUCAACACGAAGCGGGCCAACAAGAUGGCUCUCAAGGCGCGCGAGAAGUCCAAGCAGCCCAAAAAGGACAAGAAGAAGAAGGAGAAGAAGGAAAAGAAGGAGAAGAAGCGCAAGCGCGAGAAGAGCGGCGACGACCACAAGUCUUUGACGUGGAAGUGCAAGGCGUGCGCCGAGGUAAAUGACGCGCCCGACUCGGUCUGCGCGUUCUGCGACGCGCCCCGAAAAAGGACAUCGUCAUCUUCGUCCUCGAGCCACAAGCGGUCCAAGACGAGUGAGAACGACGAGAAGAAAAGCCGGCGAAGCCACCGUGACGGACACAACAAGUCGAAGACCACGACGUACCACGUCCCCGACUCGGACGACGACCUCUCUGAGGCCGAAGUCGACUUUUCCAAGAACGCUAUUGCGGUAGUACCCGUUGCUGCGUCGGCGCCAGCGCUCGUUAUGACCAUCGAGAAGAUUAUGGGGCACAAGACGGAGCCGCAUGUCCAAUUUCUCAUCAAGUGGAAGGGCUACUCGUACAUGCACGCGUCGUGGGAGACGGAAGAAACUCUCCUGCAGAUUGACCCAAAUAACAAGUACAAGAUCAAGCGCUUCCUCGAGAAAGUGGCGGGGCCGCGCGAGGUCUCGCCAGAUGACGAGGUCGAGUACUUCAACCCCGAGUACCUCGAGAUCCACCGUAUCCUCGACAUUCGGCAGGAGGCUGCAGACGAAGCACCCGACGACGGCAAGCGAUUGCUCAUCAAAUGGCGUGUGCUCUCGUACGCCGAAUGCACGUGGGAGCGCGCCUGUGACAUCGUGGACGACGAUGCGAUGAAACGGUACGCCCACCGCGUGACACUGCCACUGUCGCCGCCCGCGCCCAUCCGGCCCUCUAUUCGAGACUUCAAGAAGCUCGAGACGUCACCCACGUUCGGCAGUGACGGACGCUUCACCUUGCGCGAGUACCAACUUGAGGGGCUAAACUGGCUGCGCUGGAACUGGCACAACGCGCGCCCGAGUAUUCUCGCCGAUGAAAUGGGACUCGGCAAGACCAUCCAGACGCUGGCGUUCCUCGACGAUAUGCGGCAGCAGUACCACAUCCCAGGGCCGUUUCUCGUCGUCGCGCCGCUUUCUCUCAUCGCGCAGUGGCAGAGCGAGUGCGAGACGUGGACCGAGAUGGACUGCGUCGUGUAUCAUGGACCGUCCGAGGCGCGGGACAUCAUUCAACAAUACGAGUUUUACCACCUCGUGCACGGCAAGCCCGACAAGAAGAAGCCGUACAAGUUUCAGAUCCUCGUCACGACGUAUGAGAUUGCGAUCAAGGACAUUGCACUGCUCUCGAAAAUUCAGUGGCAAUGCCUCGUCGUGGACGAGGCUCACCGAUUGAAGAACCAGUCGAGUCGCCUCGUCGAACAGAUGCGCAGCCUCAAGCGCAGCUACUGCGUCUUGCUCACGGGGACGCCGCUCCAGAACAAGACGGAAGAGCUUUGGGCUCUCCUGAACUUUCUUGACCCAGAUGCGUUUCCGCAGCUGGCACACUUUAUGGGACAGUUUGGGUCUCUGCAAGACGCGAACCAGGUUGCAGAGCUGCACAAGAUUCUCAAGCCGUACUUGCUGCGUCGCGUGAAAGAAGACGUCGAGAAGUCGUUGCCGCCCAAGGAAGAAACAAUCAUCGAGGUCGAGCUCACGACGGUCCAGAAGCAGUGGUACCGCGCCAUCUAUGAGCGCAACACUGCGUUCCUCAUGCGCGGAACCAACCCGAGCAACGCUCCCAACUUGAUGAACGUCAUGAUGGAGCUCCGCAAGUGCUGCAACCAUCCGUACCUCAACAACGGCGUCGAAGACGCUCUUUGCGAGGGCCUCGAGUCCGAGGCGCAGCGCUACGAGAUGCUCGUCAAGUGCUGCGGCAAGAUGGUUCUCCUUGACAAAUUGCUUCCACGGCUCAAAGAGGGCGGUCACAAGGUGCUCAUCUUCAGCCAAAUGGUUCGCGUCCUGGAUCUCCUGGAAGACUACAUCCGCAACAGUGGCCACUUGUACGAGCGUCUCGACGGCAACAUUCGCGGCAACGAGCGCCAGGCUGCCGUAGAUCGUUUCGUCAAGCCCGAGUACCAGCGCUUCAUCAUGCUCCUAUCUACAAAAGCAGGUGGCCUUGGGCUCAACCUCACGGCGGCGGACACGGUCAUCAUUUACGACUCGGACUGGAAUCCGCAGAAUGACCUUCAAGCCCAGGCACGUGCACACCGCAUUGGACAGACGCACUCGGUCAAGAUUUAUCGCCUCAUUACGCGCAAGACGUACGAGAUGCACAUGUUCCACAAGGCGAGUCUGAAGCUCGGCUUGGACCGGGCCGUGCUUACGCACAUGCGUCAAGAACAAGAUAAAGAGACGAAGAAGCCUGUAACAAAGUCCAAGGCCCAAGAAGCGCAGGAGAUCGACGAGCUCUUAAAACGCGGUGCUUACGAUGUGUUUCGCGACGAAGAUGACGCUUCGGAGCAGUUUUGUUCGGCUGACAUCGAUACGCUCCUCCAGCGCAGCUCUCAGAUCGUGCAGUACGAAGCACAAGCCCGCGGCUCGUUUUCGAAGGCCAGCUUCGUUUCGGCGGCGACUGCCGACGACGUCGAUAUUGAUGAUCCGGACUUUUGGAAGAAGGCCGUUGGUCUCGCUGAGCCCGAAGCCAUCGACGAAGCAUCAUCGCUCGUGCUUAGCUCGCAGCGAAAGCGAACUCGUGUCGCUCGCUUUGGCACAACAAAAGAUUUGGUCUCGGACGAUGAGGACGAGGACGAGAUCAAAAAGGACAACGAGAAGGCGCUCGCGGUCUCUCGUGAGUGGACUGUCAACGGCCGGGAUCGGCUCCAGCGCGCCCUUAUGCACUUUGGCUUUGGACGAUGGGAAAUUGUCCGCAGCCAGAGUGGCGGCUCACGAUCCGUCGAGGAAGUCGAAGCGUUUGCCCGUGCGUUUGUGCUCGUGUGUGGACUUUGCUGCAGCGGCGCGACGCAAGCGAGCGACUCGACGUUUGUCCAGAGCGCGAUACGCGCCGCGUCAACGGUCAAGCCCGAGUACCUUACAGCCAUUGAUGACCGCGAGGUGUGGACCGAGCGCGCAACGGAGCACAUUCCGAUUGUCCUUCAAGAAGACGACUUUGUCUCCAAGCUCAAGCAGGGUGGUGCUCGACGUGUGCUGUCUCGACUCGACAUUCUCAGCCGUCUCCAACACAAGAUCAAUGCCGCGUGUGAAGCAAUUGCAGCGCGGGACAACCUCGUUUUGCCUCUCGACUUGGACGCGCGUGUCGACCUCGUUGGCUUGGAUCGACUCCUCGAGGGUCUUGGCACGGUGAACGUGCCGGAUCGCCCGCAGUGGUCCGCCUUGACGCCAUGGUGGGACACAUCGGCCGACAAGAACCUGUGCGCGGGUGUCUUCUUGCACGGGUACGGGCGCUGCGCUCAAAUUCUUGGCGACCCCCGUAUCGUGUUCCAGCAGCGCGAGGCUGCGUUUGAACCGUCGCCGGCGAGCGACGAUGACCCGACGCCAGUCAAGUUUCAGCAGCCAGAAGUGCAGCAAAUGAAUCGGCUGCUCAUUUGGCUUCUCUCCAUUGAAGAUGUCCAGCGGCAAAAACAGCAAGAGAAGCGUGACAAGUCGUCAUCCGAGGUUGUGCGCACGACGACGCUCGAGCAGUCGCAAAAAGUCGCAGUCCUUCGGCGACAAGAUGCGCUCACGUGGCAACUUGUGCACCUUGAUUUGCUCCGCCAUUCGGUUCAGCUCCAAAACGCACAGGUAUGGUCACUCGUAGCGGACGAGAGCAAGACAAGCUUCGUCAAGGACUGGAGCGUCGACGAGCGUCAGUCUGUGAGCUAUGUUCUCAGCCUGUGUGGUGCACCGCUGCUUUUGUCGAGCUACGGGGAAUGGAGUUGGCUCCAAGUCGUCGAGGCGGCGCGCGUUCACAAGUCCGCAGCGCGCACUCAGCGCUAUGCGUAUGACCGCAUGCUCGGCAAAUGCCAUGAGCUUCUGGGCAAAGACCUUGGCGUGUCACGAUCGCAAAACGAAGUGACGUUUGUGGACCCGUUUCAAGUCUCCGCGUUGCAUGGAGCCAAAGCCAAGGUGCUCGCAGGCUUGCUCUUGCGACGAACGCAAGUCUACCGGGCAGUUUCGUACGUCCUGCACAACCAAGAAGACGAACUCCAACGACUGCUUCGAUCAGGUCUUCCUUGGCUCACUGACGGGAUGCCUGCAUGGUGGUGCCCGUGGCGCCAUGAUAUGGCACUGCUGCGGGCUGUGCUGCGCUUUGGCGUCGGGGCGUUCUUGCAGUUGCAUCACCAUGGCGAGCUUUGUGUGCGCCGCGUCGUUGACCACGUGCACAAGGCGUUUGUUGCAGAUCGGCGCCCGCGCGAUGUGUCGAUGGUGUUCACGUCGCCGCUCGACUUCGAACAGUGGUUGCUCGCUACAUGUGCGUCGUUUCCAGCGGCGCAGUUGCUCGAACAAAAGCUCAUGCUUCUAUGCUUUGCGCUCACGGACAGCCUACCGACGAUGCACGAGAGCAAGCUGAGCCCCGAGUACGACAUUGAUGGUGUCAUGCCGAUGCCGAUGGUGGACAGUGUCGUUACCAACCAGCGCGCGGCCAUUUUGCACACGCUGCAGCCGUCGCAUCCAAGGAAAGCGGUGUCAACAUCGCUGCAAGAAGUUCUGGACCAAACCAAGGCCACCCGAGAUGCCUAUGAGCACAGCGCCGUCACGUGUUGAUCAGCACAGCCCGCCACGUCUUGUGAUAUGACGAUGAAUGGACUUCUUUCCAUAUUCUC